GGCUGCAAGGUGAGAGACCCACAGCACCACAGCCUCUCCGCCUGCGUAGGGCCGAUUCUGGCAGGAGGAUGCCCGCACACUGGGUUGGGCGAAGGGCGAGGUCGGGGUGGGCAAGACAGGACUGCCGUCACUCCCUCUUUACCUUGCACAGUCGACCCCCGUCGAAGACCUUCCCAACACGCGGCUGCAGAUGGACAAAAAGGCAGACGGGGGAAGACCAACGUGCAGGCACCGAGCGAGACAGCAGCCUCAAUAUUUACAGUGUGUUGUCUCCAUGCCAGCUUUGUCAUCUGUCUUCCCCAUUCCAAAAGCCCGACACACAUCCUCCUUGGCUUUCCCACUUGACAUUUUCCCUCUCACGCAGUGUGUGCUGUAUAAAAACAGUUCACUGUGUUUGUUUUGCGUUUCAACUGUAACAAUGUCAUAAAUUUUUUGGGGGGGUAAAUUGCAAAUGUGCCCAGUCUGGUCACAUCCUCAGUAGCCCAACGCUCAGAGGUACGUCGUGAUAUGAUGGUUGUUCUGAAAUGUAGAUUUGCAUAAAGAUUUUUCCAUUUAUUGCAUGAUUCAUUUUUUCUACCCAAAAAUAUAACACAUUUGUAACUUUAUAGAAUCCAGCUGCACAAACAUGUAGUCGAGGACAGGGAAGACCAGGUGGGCAUGGACAGGGAAGACCAGGUGGGCAUGGACAGGGAAGACCAGGUGGGCAUGGACAGGGAAGACCAGGUGGGCAUGGACAGGGAAGACCAGGUGGGCAUGGACAGGGAAGAUCAGGUGGGCAUGGACAGGGAAGACCAGGUGGGCAUGGACAGGGAAGACCAGGCGGGCUUGGACAGGGAAGACCAGGCGGGCUUGGACAGGGAAGACCAGGUGGGCAUGGACAGGGAAGACCAGGUGGGCAUGGACAGGGAAGACCAGGUGGGCAUGGACAGGGAAGACCAGGUGGGCAUGGACAGGUAAGACCAGGCGGGCAUGGACAGGGAAGACCAGGCGGGCAUGGACAGGGAAGACCAGGCGGGCAUGGACAAGGAAGACCAGGUGGGCAUGGACAAGGAAAACCAGGUGGGCAUGGACAAGGAAGACCAGGUGGGCAUGGACAAGGAAGGGCAGGUGAGAUGUGAGCAGUGACAGCAAGACUCAUCAGUAGGACACACCCAGUAGGACUCUGGACAGGGACAGGUAGAAGUGAUCAGGCCUGGUAGUCCUGAGGAGUGGUCCAGAGGCUCAGGUCCUCCUAAGGUUCAACAGGACACCAGAUAAGUUAGGCAGAGCACUCUUUGGAUCCAAAAAGAUACCUCAGCAUAUAAUUAAGACUGUCCCUUGUCCCCCGUCACAUAAACGAAUGGAACGUAACAAUCUGGACUUAAGACAGGAUAGACUGGCCCUAGUCCUGUGGCACAACGAUAUAGCAGCGUAAACCUAGGGGCUGAGACAGAGGGGGUCCGGAACACGCUGUGACCUCAUCUUUGCUCCAGAGAGAACAGCAGAUUUAUUUCUUGAAGGCUCUGGGAUUCCAUCUAUUAACCUUAUUGGUGGCUAGGGUAUCCCAUCAAGCUGAGAGAACAUAUGGUCUGUUGACCUAUAUGAAACUGUAAUAACAUGUCCGCUUUUAGACUAGAUGUGAGUAAAUCCUCAUGAAAUUGUUUGACGGAAAUGUUGUUAGUGUCUGCCUUGUGCAAACCGUCCCUGACGAAUCCUCUCUUCUCCACACACAGGCAGGCACAUGUCCACACGCACACGCACACACACAAACACCCUCAGGCGAUAAACUAGCUCAAACAAAUAACAAGAUUGUAUUUUUAGAUGCGUUUAUCAAGCUGAGAAAACACAAGUUGGGAAUUCAAUGACACUUUCCUCGUCACUCUUUCUCCUUAAGUGUGACAGGUGGCUCUGAACUGUUUUGAGCUGAGAUCUCUCCCUCUCUUUCUGUCUCUCCCUCUCUUUCCGUCUCUCCCUCUCUUUCUGUC